ACUUCCGGGAUCAACAAUGAUGGAGGGUCCACUAAAUUUGGCACACCUACAAGGGCGCAAAGCUGAGCAGUAUUUGGCAGCAGGAAAAUUUGAUGAUGCUAUCGCUUGUCACCAGAGGGCUGCAGAGUAUCUUGAUGAAGCCCUGUCAACGACUACCAAAAAUAAUGCCUUGGAGUCAAUAAGGCUGCAGCGAGAGAGUCACAUCAAAGAACAGGAUGUGAUCAAGAUGAAAAAGCAGAAGGCAGCAAUGGUAGAAAAGGCUCGUAUAAAGGAGCAGCAGAAAUUAGCCAAAGGUAGAAGCCAGACACAGGAUGGCGGGGAUGAAACUGAUGACAAGGUUUGUGAUGAAGAGCAGUAUAUGACCAUGAUUUAUACUACAAUGGCUGAGACAGACUCCCUUCUUCAGUUCAUGGGGAGUAGACCACAUCGCUCUGCCUCUGCAUAUCAGAAAAUGAUCAAGAAACUCUCCAGCAAUGAGGAUUCCUCUCGCACUGGCAGUAAAGUGCCAAAAGAUGAUAAACAAGUCAUUGAAGAGUUAAGGAUACACAACGUCGAACUGCGUAAGCAUUUGGAGAGAACCUUGAACGAGCUUGACUCUUCAAGACAAGAGUGUCGGUUGUUAAAGGACAGGUUAAAAAGCAUUGAGGACAAGCCAUUAUCGGAUUCUUCAGAAGGUUCUGAAACAUUCUGUGCUGUUCGUUCCACCGACAUGUUGGAAGAUUUGCCUAGUCUAGAGCUGCCCCCACUUGAAAUGCCAAAAUUUGACUUUCAAGCAUUUAAAGAUUUUGAAGAUGAACAUGAUGAAUAAACAUUCUGGAUCAGUGCAUGGGUGGAAGCAGUGUACUUGUAAAACCAAAUGAAAAAAAACAUAAUGCAUAGUGCAUAAUACAAAAAGGAUGCAUGGGGGAAACCUUAGGAUCAAAAAAGAUUAUGCAUUUUAUCAAGUGUAUAGAAUAUCUACUAGUUGAGUAUAAACUGUCAUUUUACCCCUGGGAAAUGAUUCCCUAUGAAUAUGACACUUGUAUUCACAAUCUGCGGACUAUUGAGGACAAUGUCACAACCUGAGGACAGUGAAGAAAACGUUACUAUCCAUUCUUAGAAGCUAAUCAAAUAAGCAAUAUUGGUAAUGUGUAUCUUAUUCCAGGGAUCCUUAUGUUAUGUCAGGUUGUCAGAUGCUGAAGUAAUGGAAUGCAUUUGGUAUCAAGAUUGCCAAGACAAGUUACAAUUCCUCUGAAUGUCUAAGUGGGUUUUCUAUCGCAAAGUAUAUUGUACAUCCAUUUAAUCUUAUUCAUAUAUCGGUGAGCUAGCUUGAUAUUCUGUUCCCAUUCGCCAGUUUUCUCGCAGAGGAAUUUGGAACUUCCGAUCAGGUAUUGACGAAUCAGGAGACAUCUAUCAUGCCUGUUCAGCUCAGACAGCAUAGACAAUGGAACUUAGAUGGCUGGCUUCUGAUAGGCAAGUCCCUGAGACCAAGUCCCACAUUCUUUGCUUGAGGGGAGUGGUGAAUCAAAUUCCUUAAUUGUGAUUUGCUGCAUGGUUUUUAAAUGCAUGUUGAUUGUUGACCUUGGUGGGAGAGUAUUCAUUUUAUGCUUCAUAUAGUACAACCUUUGUGAAAGGGCAACUCCACCCUGUAUGUUUCUAUCCAAUUCCUUUCUCAUAUCAAUUAUAAUUGUUGAAAAAUUCCUCUCAAUGGUGCUGUAUCCACAUGAUAAGCUAGUCUGAUGAGAGUUGGCAUUUUUCAGAUGAAAACAACUUGUUAUUCCCUGGAAGUGUAGGAUGUACCGUUGCUUUUCAGAAUCAGUUGUCUUGCCGUCUUGAGCACCGACAUCACACUUUAGUUCUUCAGAAAAACAAUAUCCAGGUAAAAUUCUGGUUACUGCUGGGUGUAUUGAAGUUGUGGUUUAUUUUAUGGGCAAAACCAUUAAUCAGGGAUUAUGAAUAUUGUUAUAUUUCUUUCAAUCAAUAGAAGAAAUAAAGAUAUAAUUUUUGC